GCGCUUUGCUCUCUGUCCAAGUUUGGAUGCGUAACUGGCGGAGUACAUGGCGAUGAGAUGGACAUGGAGCCCGAUAGCGAGAAGGAGGCCAUUCUGGCGAGGCGGCGCCUGCUGCUGCUGCUCCGCCAGAGCCCGGAGGUGAUCCGGGCGCUGCAAGUGUCCAAGCGCGCAGAUGACGAGUCCAUCCUGAACGCCCUGGGCAAGUUUGAAAGCCCCUUCGAGCUCCUAAGGCAGGCGGGAUGCUCCAUCCCCAAGGCCUCCCAAGCAGAAGAGCUCAUGGCUCUCGCGGUGCAGGCUCCCAAGGCCAAGCGGAAGAAGCGCGACAAGAAGAUGUAUUUCUACGCGGCCGCAGGUUGCGAUGUGGCUUUGAUUUUUCUCUUCGUCGGAUUACUCGCGUGGCAGGUCACCGAAGCCACGCGCGGAUGGACGAUUGGCACCUGCAGCCUCACCCUUUUCACCAACCAGAGCUGCAUGCAGGCAAAUGGCGGCUGCUUCGUGGAGGUUGCCGUGCGAAGCACCGACUUGUACCUGGUGAAGCAAGAUUGGACUCUUCCGGUGGAGCAUACCGGCGCGGAGGGCGUCUACACCCGGUACUACGGCGACCCGUUUAGAUGCUGCAACAACGACCAGGGCCAAGUCCCCAACUGCUGCAGCCUGGUGGCCGGCGGAGUGGAGCAGAAGACCGCAGAGACCUUUUGCGACACCUGGGGCAGCCUGGGUAAAGUCGACUGGACCGGUGCGAGGUGCAACUCUGGAUCCUGGCAAUGCCUUUUUACUGUAGAUGCAGACAGGGAGAACGUGCUAGACCUAAAGCACUACAUGGAGCCGGACACCUCCUUGCUGGUGAUCAUAGUGGCAAUCCUCGUUUGCAUCCUCAUGAUCUUCGUGUUGGCCAGAGUGUUGCUGGCCUUCGACGUGAGGUGUAACUGUGUGCCCGUGAACUAUGGCAAGGAGGAAGAGGCUGAGAUGUACGAUCCCGACGAUCCUGCAGCAGAUUGGGGACAAGCUGUGCAGGAGGCAUUGCAGGAUGAGGUGCAGCGUCGGAGAGAAGCCACCUGCACUGGCUGGCUACAGAUGAAGCUUCAGCCACUGGUGCCUGUGCUGCAGAGCCUGCGAUCCUGCAGUUGCCUUCAAUGUCGUAGGCGCCCAAAGCCAGCCAAGAUCGAACGUGAGUCCCCGAAGCACCGCCGGAAGGGCCACGACAGGAAGUCCCCCCAUCGGGCUGGGGGCUCCAAAGAUAGGACCAAGGAGAGACCAGACGUCGUGGAGGAGUUGCCGCAGGCGCUUGAAGCCUCAGAGGAGGAGCCGGAGGAGGAGGUGGUACUUCCGCCAUCUCAGUUGAGCUUUCCGCCUGGCUUCAUUUGGGAGGGCAACCAAGACCCCGAGGGCAUGGAGAAAUACCUGCACUGGGAGACCAACAAGGCCGCGAGGCUCAAGGCCUACACGGAGAAGGACAUCCACCCCGGCUUCCAGCUAGGCAACUUGACUUCCUACGCUCGUCUGGCGCAGCACCAGCGCCAGACGCUGUUUCUGCCCAUCGUCGAGCCCAUGCCCAAAAACGCGGUGGCGAAUUACUCCACCAGCACGCUGCACUACUCCUGCAGCACCUACCGAGAGAGCCGGCGCCAGAAGCGCCGCAAGUCCCAUGCGGUGAAGAAACGUCAGGCCUCCGAAAAGUCCAGAUGGAACUGGACGCAGGACCUGGAAGCCGGGCAAAAAGGGAAGCUGCAAGUCAACUGGGACUCGCAGUACCGGGCAGUACAGGUAGGGCACCGCUUGUCCAAGCCAACGCUGAACAUGCUGGAGUAGAAUUCGCGGAAUUCGCAAGCCAGGCUCGAGCGCAUGUCUCCGACUUUUUGGUGCA